AUGCCAUCCUUGUCCGAUACGCUCGAAUCACUUUCAUCACGAACAUCCGAAUUAGCCUAUUUGACAACCCUCAAUUCCCGGCCGGCAGGUAAAUUUACUCAAGCCUACCUCAACUUACCUUCUUCGUCUUCAUCCUCUUCGAGUGGUUAUAGAAGGAAUGGGAAUGUAUUAGAGUUGAUAAGAGAUUCGAACGAUGGCGAAAGGAGGUUGUUCAGAUUCGUUGGUGAAUCCAAUUCGUUAGGUGAUGGGUCCGGGGGAGGAGGGAAUAAAAGAGUGGAGAAAAGAGAAAACGUCUUGGUAACUCCCCUUAAACAACUCAAGUCACAUGUUGGAGGGAAAGGUAAAUCGACGGAGGGAGGGGGACGAGGGAGGGAUGAAGUGGAGAUUGUAUUGAGGACAGCCAUGAAGUUGGUAGAUGAUUACCGACCAAUGCCUAGAGCCAGAGCACAUAUAGCCGAUUUACUCGAUUCGCAUCAUUCUUCUCAAGAGAGAUUGAUCGAGUUAGAAAGAUUGAUCGAAGAGGCCAGUAAACCCAUAUCUACCCCUUCUCUUUCCGCUUCAACCUCUACCACUGUCAAACCCUCUUCAACUCCUGAAUCCUCAUCAUCAUCAACAGCCGACCAGCCCAAACUCACCCCGGAGGAAGCUAUCAAAGCUGAAGAAGCCUCUCUUAGAGCAUUGGAAGCUUCCCUCAUCCCUUUACGAAAAUCAUAUCAAGCCAACCAAUCUGAUUCUCCUCCACCUUCUACAAGACAAUUACCCUCUUCCCCUCCUCCAACUACCACAACCACAAUGCAAAAGCAAACUCCCGCCAAACCAGCAUUUGGAAUUCCAACACAGACGCCAGCAAGGGAGAUGCCGCAUGUGACGAAUAGCUUGGUCGUCAAUGGGAUGACACCGAGACGAAUCGAUAGAUUCUCGCCUUUGAAACUUAUCACUCCCCGAGAACCUUUAGGUCCAAGUGGAUUGGGGGAUUCUCAAAGUGCUGCGGGAGCAGGGGCAGGAAGGAGAAGUAUAUUUGGUAGAGCUAGUAUAAUUGGAACUCAUAAGGUGACAAGUGGUAGUAGAGGUGAAACGGGAUCUUUGGGAGCAAGUACGAGCGGACCAUUUAGUACGCCUUAUAAUACGAUGAUAUCUGAGGUAGAGAUGCGAAAUCAAGAACAACAACCAGAGAGAGCUGGACCUGGACUCGAAGAGAAGGAAGAUCAAGAUCAAACUAUCCGCAUACCCCGUCCUGCGUCUCCACCUACUUUAGCACGUGUCAUAGAUACGCCUUCUGCACAUGCCAAACCACAGGAAGAGCCACAGGUGGACAAUAUACGCAAAGCCGGUGGGGCUGAGAAGAUUAGUGAGGGGGAUGGUGGUAUGGCGGGUAUCGAUUUGAAUAAUGAGAAUGUCAAAGCUGGUAUCGCCAAAGUAUGGAGCACGUUAGGUGAGAUGAUGCGUCAAGGUAUGAAAGAUGGUCAAACUGUCAAUGAAGAUGUGGAAUCUUCGAUUAAACACCUCAUUCACCUCUCUUCAUCCGAUUUACCGUCCCCUCCAUCCCCAUCAUCAUCUUCCAUCUCUUCCCUUUCCGCCCCUGCCAACGUUAGUAAACCAAUAACAUCCGAAACCAUCUUAUUCUCGCAUCUCAUACUGUCCAUAUUGAGACAGCCCGAUGGAGUAGAUAUGAACGAAUUGAAAGAGCAUCUAGCAUCAAUUGCCAAAGCACGCAAUUUCGAUGGUGCUUCGAGUAAUUCUACGAAGAUCAUUUAUGCUGCUGUAGGAAAGAGGAUGGUAAGGAUUGAUAGAAAAGGAGGGAUGGUAAAAGUCAAAUUUGCGGAAUGA